AUGAUUGGCUUUCUGGGCUGCAAGUGCACAUUGGCAGCUCAUAUCCAAUUUUACAUCCACCAGUUCCCCCAAGUCCUUCUCUGCAGGGUUGCUCUCAAGCCAGUCAUCCCCCAGUCUGGACUGAUAUUGGGGAUUGCCCUGACCCAGGCGCAGGACUUCGCAGCUGGCCUUGUUGAACUUCAUGAUGUUCAUAACCUGGACUAGAUGGUGAAGGACCUGCAGCACCGUCUGGAUGAGGCCGAGCAGUUGGCACUGAAGGGAGGCAAGAAGCAAAUCCAGAAGCUGGAGGCCAGAGUGCGGGAGCUGGAAGGGGAGGUUGAUGCUGAGCAGAAGCGCAGCACUGAAGCCAUGAAGGGUGUGCGCAAGUACGAGAGGAGGGUGAAGGAGCUGACCUACCAGUCUGAGGAAAAUUGGAAGGAUGUUCUCAGGCUCCAAGAUCUAGUCAACAAGCUGCAAGUGAAAGUGAAGUCCUACAAGAGGCAAGCUGAGGAGGCUGAGGAGCUGUCCAAUGUCAAUCUCUCCAAAUUCCACAAGAUCCAGCAUGAGCUGGAGGAAGCUGAGGAGAGGGCUGACAUUGCAGAGUUGCAGGCCAACAAGCUCCAAGCAAAGAGCUGA